AUGUUGACGCACGGAGCGCUUUGCUCGCGUUCUCUCCGCGUCUUCUCGAAGCACACCUACCGCGAUGGAGGAUGCUUCUUUAUGAAGCGAAUGAUGAUGCACAAAGCGUCUUCUUCUGUCGACGAUGCUUCUCUCGAAGAGCGCGUCUUUGCGCAAACGUUCGUCUCCGACGACGACGACGUUCGCCUUUUCGCGUGCGCGAAAACACUCUCCGCGCGAGACUUUGCAAAACUCAUCGCGAGACACAACCCGGACGCGUUCGGGAGGAAGAUGAAGAACGAACCGAAACUGCGCAACAUGGGAAAAGCUAAGAGUUCGUUCAACAUCGCGCUCUCCGCACUCGUGGAAAACGGAAGAUUCGAGGAAGUUGAAAAGAUGUUUUCGAUUUGGCGAGAGGAGUUUCCGCGCGUGGACGUGGAUGUAGUGUCGGUGUCUUUAGUCACUUCGGCGUUACGUCAAACUAGGGAGGAUAUCGCAGACGUCGAGCGGUUCGUUUUUGAACAGAAAUCUCGGCACCUGAUCAAACGCCCGAACAAGAAAGUCGCGAGGAAGAAGAUCAACGCGAAUAAAUACGAGCGAGACGGGUUGCUUCCCAUGGGCGUGGUGUACGAAGACGAGGAUGUUAUUGCUGUGUGUAAAACGAGCGGGAUUCCGUCGACGAGCGAUCCCUCGACGCCGUCGGUGUCGGAUUUUUUGAUGUCGAUGAAGAAGGACGACCCGUCGUUUUCUUUGAGCGAGAUGAACGGCGCGGAUGCGAGAGGCGUGGUGCAUCGAUUGGAUAAAUUAACGAGCGGAGUGAUGCUCUUAGCGAAAAAUGAUGUGACGCAUUGCGAGUUAGUGAGCGCGUUUUACAGAAGGAAAACGAAAAAAGUGUACAACGCGAUUGCGAGUGGGAUUUUUGAAGACGACGAGGGAGAAAUAGACUUCCCGGUGGAUAACCGCGAGGCGUAUUCAAAAUACGCAGUGUUAGAACGAUUGGAAAGAGGCGAGUCAAGUUUCGUGGAAGUCAUGCCGAGAACGGGAAGGAAGCACCAGAUUAGAGUGCAUUUGUCAUCAAUCGGACAUCCACUCGUGAACGACGCAUUAUACACGCCGAAGAAGAUACGAAAAUCAGACGAGAAUUCAACAGUAGUGAAACCAAAAUCGUCCUCCUUUUUCCUUCACGCGCGUUCGCUCGAGCUGCCGCAUCCGAGCGACGCUUCAAAAAUGUUAAAGUUGGAAGCACCUUUAAGUGCUUCGUUUUUAGCCGAAAUAGAUAGAUUGCGUUAG